AGAAUACUGUGGUAUGCUGGAGUGUCGUAUCAAGGGAUGUUGCUCCGUUAUGAAAUCCCGACUAUAGGUUGUUGGAGAGUUUUAUUUACAGACCAAAUGCAAAAUUAUAUGGGAUUAGAUGAGAGGGAACCACUGCAGUGAAAGGUCAUGGAUUCCCCUAUCCUUCUUCUCCUAGCCCUCCUGGUCGCCCUGGUCCAAUGUUUUCCUGAUGACUACCACAGUCACAACAGCACCCGUCACCAUGACUACUGUGUGCUUGGUGCUGGGCCUGCUGGCCUUCAGAUGGGUCACUUUCUCUCCAAGAGUCAGAGAGAUUACAUCAUAUUGGAGAGGAACUCUGGGCCAGGGAGCUUCUUCAAUAUAUACCCUCGACACAGGAAACUCAUCAGCAUCAACAAGAUCUACACAGGAAGGCGGAACCGUGAGUUCAACCUUCGUCACGAUUGGAACUCCCUCCUGAGUGACAGGCCCGACCUGCUGCUUCAGCGAGUCAGCCGGGAGCUCUACCCAGACGCAGACUCAUUCCCCCGCUACCUCUCCAUGUAUGUGAAGGAGCUGGGGCUGAAGGUCCAGUAUGGGGUGGACAUCGGGAAGAUCAGGGCCUCAGAGACUGAAUCACCUAGAGGCAGGGGAUACAUACUGACUGACCAGCGUGGACUGGACUAUACAUGCAGAGUCCUCCUGGUGUCCACAGGACUGUGGGAUCCUCAGAAGGUCCAGUUUGAGGGCUCAGACCUGGUGGAGGGCUAUGAGUCCAUCCCUGUGGACCCAGAGGAGUAUAAGGACCAGGCCGUGCUGAUCCUGGGUAAGGGGAACUCAGCAUUUGAAACAGCUCAGAGCAUCCUGGGUCGGGCCAGCCGGAUCCAUCUCUACAGCCCGAGCCCGGUCCGCCUAGCCUGGCAGACACACUACGUCGGAGACCUCAGAGCUGUGAACAAUGAGCUGCUAGACACGUACCAGCUAAAGUCCCUUGAUGGGUUGGUGGAGGGAGGCCUUGAGGACAUUGCUAUCGUCAGAAAUGGAGAGGAUGAAAAGAAGCGCUCAGGCAGAAAGAAGAAGUGCAGAUCCAGUGGGAAGGAAAAGCGUGGCAAGCUGUUCCUUACUCUAUCUGAGCUUCUGGACAGUUCGGAUGGGAAGAACAGUUCAAAGGUCACAGCGACAAACCUGCCUGUGUACCACAAUGACAACUUCUCUCUCCGCCAGCCAUAUGAUCGUGUGAUCCGCUGCCUGGGGUUCCGGUUCAACUUCAGCAUCUUUGAUGGCUCUGCCCGCCCACCAAGCAGUGAGGGUGCCAGGGGGCGGUUGCCAGGGGUGACAGCCUGGUACGAGGGGCGGGGAACCCCAGACCUUUUUGUUCUGGGGACGGCUGCCCACUCAAGAGACUAUCGCUCUUCUGCAGGGGGGUUCGUCCAUGGCUUCCGAUACACUGUGCGUGCUGUACAUAGAGUCCUUGAGCUGCGGUACCAUAGCAACUCCUGGCCAUCAAUCAAACUGUCAAUCAGUCAGCUGCAGUCCUGGCUGUUGAGGAGGGUCAAUGAGGCCUCCGGACCAUACCAAAUGUUUGGGGUACUUGGAGACAUCAUUUUACUAAGAGGCUCUCACUGUGAGUACCUGGAGGAGUUUCCCCUCCAGGCCCUGCCCCAGUUCUCUUCUCUGUCUGGCCACCAGCUCUCCAAGCAUGGGCUGCUGGUUCUGGUUUUACAGUACGGGCUGAACCGCACAGACUCACUGGGCCCUGGCAGGGCAGAGUCAGAGUGGACCCGUGCCUGGAGGUCCAACUUCCUCCACCCUGUUCUAUAUUACUAUGACAAACUUCCCACUGAGAGGGACAUGAGACACCGUCCUGUUGGCUGGCCACUGCCACGGCCCAAGGCAGUGCAUCACAUGAUCGAGGACUUCUUGACUGAGUGGGAUGGGCCCAUCUCCCACAGCCAGCCACUGCGGCGCUUCCUGGAACACUGUCUCCACACUGACCUCAGGGCCUUCUAUGCAGAGUCAUGUUUCCGCUUUUCCCUUACCAAUCGAAAGCCACCCCUGUUUUGUCGUCAGGGAUACCUGAGGAAGCAUGGGGUUGUUAGGAAUCGUCAGCUGUGGCAGCAUGCCCAUGAAGCUGGGCUAAUGCCUGGAGGACAGGACUCUGCAUCCCCAGACACAGACCCAGCGUUCCCUGAUUACCUUACACGAGCUGGAGCCUCAGUGUCCUCUGCAAUAAACCUCGACUUCUGAUUGUUUACCCAAGGAUCCCAAAACUAAACCUAUGACAGUUUUGAUGUCCCAAGACAUUCUCUACCUCUCAUUAUAAUGUCCAUGAAUAUAUACAGUAUAUACAGAGUCUACAAAACAUUAAGAACACCUUCCUAAUAUUAAGUUGCACCCCCCUCCCCUCCCUCUUUUGCCCCCAGGGCAGCCUCAAUUUUUCGGGGCAUGGACUCUGCAAGGUGUCGAAAGUGUUCCACAGGGAUGCUGGCCCAUGUUAACUCCAAUGCUUCCCGCAGUUGUGUCAAGCUGGCUAGAUAUAUUUUGGGUGGUGGACCAUUCUUGAAACACACAGGAAACUGUUGAGUGUGAAAAACCCAGCAGUGUUGCAGUUAUUGACACAAACUGGUGUGUCUGGCACCUACUACCAUACCCUGUUCAAAGGCACUUAAAUCUUUUGUCUUGCCCAUUCACCCUCUGAAUGGCACACAUACACAAUCCUUGUCUCAAUGCUUAAAAAUCCUCCGCCCCUUCAUCUACACUGAUUAAAGUGGGUUUAACAAGUGACAUCAAUAAGUGUCAUGGAAAGAGCAGGUGUUCUUAAAGUUGUGUACACUCAGUUUGUAUAUACAGUACCAGUCAAAAGUUUGGACACACCUACUCAUUUUUCUUUAUUUUUACUCUUUUCUAAAUUGUAGAAUAAUAGUGAAGACAUCAAAACUAUGAAAUAACACAUGGAAUCAUGUAAUAACCAACAAAGUUUUAAACAAAUCU